AGAGGUGUUGUAGCGCCUGGGUUCGUCGGGAGGCAGGUGUGGGAAGGGCUCUCUUUUCCUUAGCUGGGGCUGAGUUGCCUACGCAGGCUUUCUCUGUACUGGACAAGCUUGGAGCGGGUGCGUGUGGAAGAUGGCCUUGGGGUCUGGCGAUGUCUGAGAUCCGUGUUUGGAGCUGGGAGGGUGUGACACGUGCGACCCCUUCGCCGUGAGUGGCGCCCCCGGAACGGGUGGUAAAAGCCACUGCGGUGGCAGCUUCUUCCGAUUUGGCGGAGACGAGAUCAAAGGGGCGUGUAGGCUGCUCCGGUCUGGGCGCUCCUGAGACCCUCCUCCCCCUCCAGCGACGAUGGAGCUCUUAGGAACUGAGGAGCCUAUCUCUGGCAAGAGCACUCUCGCCAUCUCCAGCCAUGCGUCUCUCUGCCUUGCUGGCCUUGGCAUCCAAGGUCACCCUGCCUCCACACUACCGCUACGGGAUGAGCCGCCCAGGCUCCCUGGCAGACAAGAGGAAGAAUCCGCCAGGGACCAGGCGGCGCAGAGUGGCUGUGGAGCCCAUCUCAGAUGAAGACUGGCAUCUUUUCUGUGGAGACACGGUGGAGAUCCUAGAAGGCAAGGAUGCUGGGAAGCAGGGCAAAGUGGUCCAAGUUAUCCGGCAGCGUAACUGGGUGGUCUUGGAGGGACUGAACACACACUACCGGUACAUUGGCAAGACCAAGGAUUUCCGGGGGACCAUGGUCCCCAGUGAAGCCCCCCUGCUCCACCGCCAGGUCAAACUUGUGGAUCCUGUGGACAGGAAACCCACAGAGAUCGAGUGGAGGUUUACUGAGGCAGGAGAGCGUGUCCGAGUCUCUACAAGAUCAGGGAGAAUUAUCCCCAAACCUGAAUUUCCCAGAGCUGACGGCAUUGUCCCUGAAACGUGGAUCGAUGGUCCCAAGGACACAUCAGUGGAAGAUGCUCUAGAAAAAACCUAUGUGCCCCGUUUAAAGACACUGGAAGAGGAAGUGAUGGAGGCGAUGGGCAUCCAGGAGACCCGGAGAUACAAGAAAGUCUACUGGUAUUGAGCCUGAGGACGGCAGGUGCCCCUCAGGUGCCAAUAAAGUGCCAUGAGU